AUGACUACUGUUCGUACCUUAAUUUAUGUUGCUGUUGUUCGACAUUGGCCUCUCUAUCAGAUGGACGUUAAGAAUGCUUUUCUUAAUGGUCAUCUCACUGAAGAGGCUGCUGUUACUAAGCUUGGGUUUCAUCCUUCUGCUUUUGACUCUGCUUUGUUUCUGAGACAUACCUUGACUGGUUUUGUUGCUCUCUUACUCUAUGUAGAUGAUAUGAUCACCACUGGCUUUGACUCUUCUGCUAUUUCUGAGGUCAAGCAACAUCUCUUCCACACCUUCAAAAUAAAGGAUGUGGGUCUAUUGUGGUAUUUUCUUAGUAUUGAGGUUGUCUUUUCUCCAAAGGGUUUUCUGUCUCAGGCCAAGUAUGCUAAUGAGGUUAUUCACUGUGCCGGUCUUGCUGAUAUUAAGGUUUCUAAUGCCCUUAUUAAGCUUAAUGUGAAGCUCAACUCUACUGAUGGUAUCCCUCUGGAUGAUCCCACUUUCUAUUGCGAGCUUGUGGGUUGUUUAGUGUAUUUGACUGUCACUUGUCCUAAUCUUGCUUAUGCUGUUCAUGUGGUUAGUAAGUUUAUUUCUACUCAUCGCUCUAUCCAUUGGGCUGCUUUGGUUUGCAUUCUUCGCUAUCUCCGGGGUACCAUCUUUCUGGGCUUACUGUUGUCCUCUACUUUCUCUUUAGACUUGGUGGCCUAUGUUGAUUCCGAUUGGGCUGGUGAUGUUAAUGAUCGCAAGUCUACCUCUAGUUUCUAUAUGUUUCUUGGCGAUUCUUUAAUCUCUUGA